GAGCCAGCUAACAGCUCAGUUAGAAAAAGGCCAGGAGAUUGAAGGAUGGUUCUAUCUGUAAAGUUGUACAAAGACCAGCACUAUUCAGCUUUAAAAAAAGACUGCCUUCAGCACCAGCGGCUGUUUGAAGACCCUUAUUUUCCUGCAACAACUGAGUCACUGUUCUACUCCAAGUCGCCUCCAGGACCAAUUGAGUGGAGACGACCGCAGGAGCUGUGUGAAUCUCCUCGGCUAUUUGUUGAUGGAAUCAGUUCACAUGAUCUGAAUCAAGGACAGUUGGGGAAUUGCUGGUUUGUGGCCGCUUGUUCCUGUUUAGCCCUGAGGGACAAUCUGUGGCAAAAGGUAAUUCCAGAUUGGAAGAAACAGGACUGGAACCCAAAAAAGCCAAAUAAUUAUGCUGGCAUCUUCCACUUUCGAUUUUGGCGCUUUGGUGAGUGGAUUCAUGUUGUGGUCGAUGAUCGCCUUCCAACAAUGGAUGAGAAGCUCCUGUUUUGUCACUCUAGUUCUAAAGAGGAGUUCUGGAGUGCACUCCUGGAGAAGGCAUAUGCAAAGCUGGCAGGAUGCUAUGAAGCCCUGGAUGGAGGCAACACAGGUGAUGCAAUCGUUGAUUUCACUGGCUCAGUAGCAGAGAGCAUUGAGGUCAAAAACACAAAAGACAGUAUCCAAAGGCACAAGCUGUUUGAAAAGCUAUUGAAAGUGUACAACCGAGGAGGGCUAAUCAGCUGUUCUAUCCAUCUGAUGGAAGCGGUCAGCAUUCUGGAAAUAAGCAAGUUGCAAGGAUUGAGGGCUGAUCAUUCAUAUUCAGUGACAAAAGUGCAGAAGGUUCGACUGGGCAACACAGCAGAUAAACUGUCUAUGAUCAGAUUGAGGAACCCUUGGGGUAAAGGCGAGUGGUUGGGCCCAUGGAGUGAUAAUUCAAAGGAGUGGGAGAAGAUUAGCAAGAAGGAGCGCAAAAGAAUUGGUACCGACCUUAAGAAUGAUGGAGAAUUCUGGAUGGCAUUUGAAGACUGGUAUAAAUACUUCACCAAUGCAAUUGUUUGUCGAAUAAUAAACACCUCUUACCUGAGUAUUCGCAAGACAUGGGAUGAAGUGAUACUCCGUGGGGCUUGGAGUAGACACGAAGGCCCACUACUGAACCGUGCAGGGGGUUGUACGAAUUUCCUGCAUACGUUCCUGCAAAAUCCACAGUAUGUGUUUGAUAUCACGAAGAAGGAGGAUGAAGUGCUUAUUUCCAUCCAGCAGAGAGACAAACGGAUUCACAGGAAAGAAGGCAAUGGAAAGAAUCUGACCAUUGGUUUCAGUAUCUUCAAGGUGGAACUCAACCGAGAGUAUAGAUUGCACAGUCCAUAUCAGAAAGUGACUGGGUCAACCUACAUUGAUAAACGAAGUGUUUCUCUGCGAACAUGCCUCAAAAAAGGUCGUUACGUCAUCAUCCCGAGUACCUUCGAGCCAUAUGUGGAGGGCGAUUUCCUUCUGAGGAUCUAUACAGACGUGGUGUCUAGAUGCAGGGAGCUGACCCUUGACAAACCAGAAAUGACAUGUUGGAACAUUAUUAUUCGUUAUCCACGGAUUGUUACAAAGGUCCACCUUCACAGUGCGACAGAUCUGCCAAAACAAAAUUCAUCUGGAGGAGCAGAUGCAUACGCGGUUUUUAAAUGCGAAUAUCACAAAAUCUCUACAGCUAUUUUUGAAGACACGCUGAAUCCUCAAUUUGAUACCAACGCCAUUUUUUACAGGAGAAACCCCAAGCUCCCAAUAAUCAUUCAGAUCUGGAACAGCAACAAAAUAUGUGAUACAUUAAUUGGUGAGGUGACUCUUGAAGAAUCCCAAGAUAACUCUAGCAGACAGCAGAUCCUGCAACUUCAGACAAAGGACAGACAGGAAAGUGAAAUGCCAAGCUACAUCACUAUCACUGUCACCAGCAGCAACAACCUUGCAGCAUUUUGAAAAUGAAGAAUGUCAAAAUAACAUUGCUGCAGAGCAGAAUUUCAUCCGCAUUCUUUUGUUUCUUUGUAACAGUUUGAAAAUUUGUAGAGCUACAUAAAAGAAAUGUUUGCACACUUUUCCCACUCUCUCCCCAAUGACAAUCCCCAAAAGAAAAAAAUUCCAAAUUUACCAUAGUUUAAGAGAACAAAUAUCAGUAUUAAUUAUCUUGUGAUAGCAGUGACCAAAAGUUUACAUUUUUUAUUA